AUGGCGUGCUGUUGUGUUAGUGGGUCGUCCCGGGGUCUGGGAAACGCUCACAGAGACCUGUUGUUUCUAGACGAGUUCCUGAUCCCGACCUACACUGCGGCCCGCGCCCCGCCAUCACCACCACCAGCCCCCCGCAAGAACACCCAGCCCUGCCAGGGCACGUCAACAGGAAGCCCAUCCUCUGCGCUGGAUCUCACAGGGAAGAAACGGUUCACAGCCCCCUACAUGAAUUACAUCCAGAAGGACCCCGGGGCCCCCUGCUCCCUGACCGAGGCCCUGGAAUACCUGCAGGUGGACAUCCUGGGCCAGUUGAUGGACAAGGACAUAGCCAAUCACAGACAGCCCCCCAAGAACAAGCCGCACAACAUCACGGUGGUCGCCAUGGAGGGCUGCCACUCGUUCGUCAUCCUGGACUGGGCCCGCCCCUUGAAGGAUGACAUGGUGUCAGGGUACAUGGUCCACAGCGCUUCUUAUGACGACGUCCUCAACAACCGAUGGGCCGCUCUGGACUCACAAGGGACACACUUGGCAGUGGAGAACCUCAAACCAAACUCCAGGUACUACUUCAAAGUUCAGGCCAAGAACGUGUUUGGUUUGGGGCCUGUGAGCGAAACGCUCACGUACGUGACCGAAUCAGACGAUCCCCUGCUCAUUGAAAGACCACCUGGUGGGGAGCCCAUUUGGAUUCCCUUCUCCUUCAAGUAUAACCACGCCCACAGCGGCUGCAAGGGCAGCCAGUACGUCAAGCGCACCUGGUACAGGAAGUUUGUGGGAGUGAUCCUCUGCAACUCCCUGCGAUACAAGAUCUUCAUGGGGGAGGGGCUGAGGGAGCCGUUCUACAGUAUAGCAGACACGUCCGGCCAGGGGGAGGACCACUGCCAGUUCGUGGACUCGUACUUCGAUGGAAGGACGGGCCCCGUCUACCAGUCCAACGCACUGCCAGCAGCUCAAGGAUUCUACCGUUCCCACCGACAGGAGCCCGUCCGGUUCGGGACCAUCGGACGACGCACCCCCCACCCCUUUGUGGGCUGGUAUGAGUGCGGGGUCCCCAUUCCCGGGAAGUGGUGAUCACAGGAGGGGGGGCGGGAUCACAGGAAGGAGGUUGGGAUCCCAGGAAGUGGGUGAGGAUCACAGGAAGUGGGUGGGGAUCCCAGGAAGCUGUUGGGGAUCACAGGAAGGAGGCGGUGAUCACAGGAAGUAGGUGGUGAUCACAGGAAGUAGGCGGUGAGCACAGGAAGGAGAUGUUUCCAGCGAUGAACGUCAAUAACCGAGGGCUCCUCAGCGCCCCUACCUCCUGCUGGAUUUCAACCCUCAACCUUGUGUGCCAAUGUCAACAAAAACAUUGACUUUUUUUGCUAAAGGACAUUAUGGCAAGUCUAAUAACAAGCUUGAGAGGAAGAAGAAUAUAGUAACUAACUCUAAUGUGUGUCAUGUACAAUGCACUUGUUAUAUUAAGCAGUCUGUAUAUGAGGGGAAAAGAAGCAUGUUGCUCUUGCUCGGUUUAACUCUUUUUGUGUUCCGGAUCGGAAAGCGUCUUUAUUGUACUACCCAACUAUUCAACAGACAGGUCCCUCAAACCGGAGAUCUGAUCUCAUCAGAAAGAAAGAAGGCACACCAUCCACACCAGCAUUCAAACGGGCCGCUUUGGACCAACGAAACACAAACAAAACUGAGAAGAAGGAUGAAUACACCAUGCCCGUUGGCAUUUGAGGCGUGCAUAAGUGUUGACAAAAUGAGUUGAUUUUUAAUCUCACAGUGUAAUGGAAUGGAAAACAAAACCGGUAUUGUGUUUUUUGGAAGAUCCUUUUAGUUGCUUAUUUUGAACCAGAUGCCCGCACACAAAAAGUGUAUGUAUUCAGGAAAAAAAAUUAUAAAUAAAAAUGUUUUUUUUUGCUCAGGAACUGUGGGAGGCUAAAUAAAGGAUGCUAUGGAAA